AUGUGCGCUCAUGAUCGUACCGACGCCCCCCCCUCCUCAAGCUCCUCCUCCCGCCGCAGCAACAAAACCUCCAACCUCACGCUCCCCUACAUCCAGAGCCUCUUCGUCAUGCGUCAGAAGGAAGCCGCCGCUCUGCUGGGCUUCUCCAACACGACGAUGAAGCACGUGUGUCGGAGGCUGGGGAUCAGCAAGUGGCCCUACUCCCGAGUCCGGCCGAGAGCCUCGACCAUCGUCGCCGCCAGCGACGAUGAGCGUGCGAGACAAGGGGUCGACGACGAGAGCGAGGGAGGAGGCGGGGGAGGCAGCGAUGAGGGCGGGGAGGAGGAUACGGGAGGGCUUGAGGGGCAGGGGGGCUUGAAGGAGGAGAGGGGGAGAGGGGCAUGGGCAGGGAGCAGGAGCUUGUCUACGCGGGAGUGGCUGGAGGAGGCGCUAGAGCAUGUGCAGUGCGAAAGGCGGAUACUUCAAUCCUUCGGAUGA